AUUGUGUUUCUGCUAUUCAUAGUCUUUAAUUUGGUUUAUACUUCAGUUUCGUGAGGAAAAGGAAGAACCAGAAUUUCAUUGACGAUUCCGUACACAAAACACACUAACAGCUCUCGUUUCCGUCUUUUUUUGCUUUUUCCGUGGAGAUCAUGUCGGCUUUAUAUAAGAACAGAGUCACGUUUGAUGAACUCAAACAUUUCCCCUUCGGAUAUGACAAUCGGUCGGAACAGCUUUCGAAGCUUGAAUUUAUAUUGUCGAAACUUUGUAUUGCUCUUACUGCUCGCAGUUGGCAAAACGCUCUCAAAUGGGACAAGGAGCUGGACAAGUGGUUUCAAUUUGGUUACAGAAUCCCUAGAAAGGCACAAAAGACACUUAUUCCUAUUUACUACGAAUUGGCACUAUCCCUAAAUCUUCCAGGGGAAUUUGCGGAUGUUACUUAUGCUCGCUUCUCCCAGCUUAUAAAUUCUCCUUCAUGCCCAGAUGAGAGCUGCGAGAGCAAUGUCUGUACUCACCCCAUCGAAAAGCGUUUUCUUACAGUGACCGAUCUACAAUUGGACUGGCGCUUGGCUUUCAACUACAUGAAAGCCUGUCUUCGUUUAGACAAAAAAUAUGUGCCAGAAAAUUCCAACAGCUAUUGGAUAAAUCAGGAAACGAUAAUACGUGAAGCAAGCGCCUUCUUUCCGGCAGAAGAAGUGCAUAAUGUGUUGAAUGAAGUUGUGCCCUUGUUUUCAAUAUCUCGUCCCGCGGAUGCACUUACUGCUGUUGGUAUGCUUUCGUUGUUGCUUCCAACCUCUCCAUCGUCUCUCAAAAAUAGUGAAACCAAUCCGCAGGUAUGGCUACCUACCAUUUUUCAAUUGUGCGAUACCUUUUCUUUAUUGAAAGAUCAAGCCACUGCUGUAACACUCACUGAUGUGUGUUCUCGUUUGGCUGCUCGCAGCCUUAACGGUGAUUAUAAAUAUCAGUUUUCUGAGUACGGCGUGUUUACACGAGAGCAAGUGCGUACCCUGUUUCAUUAUGGCCUUCAAAUGUUGCCAUUGCCAUCAAAAGAAGGAGAGCAACCGUCCAUAGAGGACAAGGAUGUGAACAGAGCGUUGAGAAUGUUUAGAACCUCGGGUGAAUCGGGACUAAAUAGUAUCAGUCGAUUGGUUAUUUGUUCGCUAAGUCCAAAAUGUGAGGAAAGCAAAGACAGCAUUCUUACUAUGCUUGAAGACCUGAUUUCACUGACUUUACCAUACUUCAACCCAUCAUUUCACGGAUAUGUCGACGAUAUAUUGUUUGUCUUUCUUGAAGAGCUUUCCCUUCAAUUUCUGAAACGUUGGACUUAUGAAAACGAUGAAGAAGUUUCAAUUCCAAAAGAGAGGCGAUUGACCAAGUCUCUUAAAAAGACUUUUGUGAAAAUGUUGAUACCACCUUUGCUUUAUGCUAUCCGUCAAAAUUCAAGUUACUGUCUUGAACCAGCCAAAUAUACUCUCCGUAAUCUUUCUAUACUCGAACCGGAUGUCGUUGUGCCAUGCAUGCUGAAGAUAAUCUAUCCUAUAUUCCAAUCCUUGGACAAAACACCUGACGCAGCUACUACUCUAAAAUCUCUUACUACGCUGGCUCCAGCAAUUGCCGAACAUAAACGGUAUCGACCUCAUGUUAUUUCGUUGUUGAGACUCCUCCGAGAAAUCGAUCCUGAAGACUUUGAAACGACACAAACAGCUUUACGCUUCAUCACUAUUCUUUCCCAUUAUGUUUCAUUUUACAACAUUGAUAAAAAUGCGGACUCUAACAUUUUCACUCAAUGGUUUCAAACGGAAGUCAAGAAACUGGAACUUAGGAAUUUUGAUGACUUUGAGUCACAAGAGGAAACUUAUAAAUCUGUCAUCGAUUACGACAAUGUAGUGGCUAGCGGAAUGACUAAGUUCGGUGACUGGCUACUUGCAUUUAUUCGUUAUGUAUUUGAUCUUCUUGACAGUUCUCCAGACAAGUACAAAGAUGAUUUUAUGAAAGAGAGAGGGAAACUAAUGACUGAGAUUUUUAUCUCAGAAGCUAUAGAGUCAUUUGUACCUGCUUUAAGUGAUGAAUGGCUUGAUUUAGCGCUUUCAAAAUUUCGCGAUUUUAUUGCAACAAGCGUCCAACGUCAACCCGUCGACACGAUAAAAACUGUCUGUGCCGCUUUUACAGAUGCUGCUCCAGAAAAAACAUGGAGAUUGUUAUAUCCUACUCUUUCUACAAACAUUAUCAUCGAACUUGAUGGGGAAAAGGCGGGCCUUUCCCGGGGAAGUAGCCCAAGUGAGAUUUUGCCUUGUGAUCGCACGUUAUAUUGGAACAUAAGUAUUCUCAAUGCUAUUACCAGCUCUAAUGGAAAAUACUUUCUUGGCAAAGAGGAAGAGCUAACAAAACUGCUUGACAAACUUCUUCUUUGCAGAGGCUUUAUUGGCUCUUUAGCUUCAUCGUUCGUGCGCCAACUAGUAUAUCACUUAAUUUCGGUAUAUCCGACAGCUCCCUCGCAAAGACAGCAGCCCAAUAUAAGCAAUUGGGGAAAACUUUGUGAAAAGGAUUCCUUCAAACUACACUGGAAUAUACCCUCUGAACAGGAAAUAAGUUUGACUAUCUUCAUUUGCAAUCGGUAUAUGACUUUGUGUAUGGAUCGCCUGCGACAAAUGGUAAUUGAAACAAAACCAAUCGACCCAACAGAAGAAUGGCUCGAUGAGGUUACUUCAUACUUUGAUUGGUUGUGUUCGUUCACUUCAGCGUUGGCAGAGCUCUUUGAAAUUCCUGAUAUGGAAUUCGUUCCGGAUCACAAACAUGAUGAAUUCAACACAUUUACAAAUGACUACCCGUUUUUACGCUCAAAGGUUAACUGUCAUCGGUUUACAACUCUUCAACAGCUCUCUGAAUUAACGGCUUUGCGGGAAAGAUUGGGUUCUCUUUACGUUGAGCUUCACGAUGUUCUCUCUGACUCUACGGUCUACCAGGAUUCCUUGAUGAAAAAGCUGAUCGACUGUGAACGCUCUUUUCUGUCUGACUACGGUUAUUCAAAUUCGAUAGAUCCUUUGAAAGCUGCCAGACGCCGUUAUUGCGGUAGUGAGAAGUAUUUUGAUUACGUCCCACAAGCACAACCGCAUCCUGCUACGCUUUUAGGUCGAAAUGUUUAUAUCCGCUUUUUGGAACACCUUCGCUUGUCAUCUGUGCCGAGAGUUCCCACUCCUAAAGAGAAAGCUAUUCUACAAAAUCUCGCUACAUCCUGCUGCACACAGCCUUCAAGCGUAUGUAAGUCUGCGUGUUUGGCUCUACAACAAUGUAUUAGUUACUUCCGUGAUGCAUACUUGACGAUUUAUCAGACGUUAAUGAACAUCGCUAAAAACAGCCAAAGUGCUGAAGUCAUUACAGAAGCAAUUGAGACCAUUGCUUAUACGGGAAAACGACAAUGGAGAAUCUUACCCCCUCUGAUUCGCGAAUUAAUUCAGCGAUGGAAUGAAUCCGACUCAAUGCCAAUUAUCGCUGGGGAUGUAUUCGCUUGCUACAUUGAGCCUUUACGAGUUGAAACCUUUUUCCCCAUGUACAAACAUCACAAUAUUCCUCAGAUCUCUUUACAAUCUGAAACCGAAGAAUUGCGUCUGCUGGUUGCAGCGACACAACAACAAAUGCAAAAGUCAUUAGAGGCUGCCGCCGAAGUUCGGGACUUUAUCAUUGACGCGUUUCCUAAUGCCCAUUGGACACUACAAACCUGGAUUGCUAAGGUAUUCCGGGUUUCGUUUUCUAAUAUGUUUAUUCCCCCGACACCGAAAGCAUUAAAAAUAUUUGUUGAGGGAAUGGUCUCUUCGCAUCCCGCCACUAGAGAGAAAAGCUGUGAAGUACUCUUUGUAAUCACAAACUAUAUAUGGGAGUUAGUUCUUUCAAAAGACAACGCUGAAAAUAUCUUCUGUCAGAAUUUACAUCUCCCCAAUGAAUUGGAGCUUAAAAAUACCCCCGAGAACAAAGAUAAAGUCAACCAGGCUUUAUACGACUUCAGGAACUGCGAGAAAACUUAUUGCAUAAAAAACACAUUUCCGGAAUGGCUCAUUACCCCCGACGUUGUCAGUGUACAACAGCGUGUCCAUAACAAAGAGAUGGAUUUUUCAUCCGUACAGAGUCUGUUUGAUACUGCAGUAAAAUCCAUUGAUGAAGAUUGGCUACAAAAAGUUCUGUCAUUCUUCGCCCAAGGACCUUCUGAACCGGAUUAUUCACUUGAGGGACCAUAUUUCUAUCCUCUUGACUCGGAAGAUUGGCGGGAUCUGAGUGUCCAUUUUUGGGAGUCAAUUUUUAGACUUUUACUGAAUGGUGAUUCUAACAUCUCUGCAAAGUUUUUGAAAGAACAAAUCGAAAAGUUGUGCUCGUCUUCUGAUCGCUACUGCAAUGAGACAGGAGUAUAUUUGCUUAAUGGCAUUGUCUUAUCUUUGCCCCAAUGCAGAACUGAAAUUGCCGAAAAGCACUGGGAUUGGAUUGUGCCCGUUAUUGAUACUUCGUUGCAGAAUAGCUUGUGGCCUGACAAUCAAGAAUGCUGGUCUCACCUUAUUCACACGGUCUUUAAAGACUCAGAUCCCGUUCUUUUUUGGCCUUUGUAUAAUCUAUUGGCAAACUUACACCAUGCUGUAUUUUUUGAGCACGUUUCUGAAGAUACUGCAAAACUCAACUUGCUGGAAGAGUUCGUCAGGACAGUUGGUUGGCGUUUUCAAAAUCACAAGCCUUUAUAUGAGUACCUGCUUUCUGCUUUACAACAACCGCAAGAGGAAUGUAGAAAAGCAAUUGGUGCUGUAUUAGCCGACCUUGGACACGCACAGGUCCACGUAACUUAUGAUUCGGUUGACGCCUUAUUAAAAGCCAAUUCGACAACAGGCUCACUGGAUUCGUUCUUUGAAGACAAUCCCACUACGAAAAUUACUGCCCUAGUAGAAGCGUUUGAGAAACUUGAAACGUUGCGUCUUCAAGCAAAGGUCAGCUCAGACUAUGAAACUUAUUCAUGCUAUGCGAGCACAAUGGUUCAUUGGACGGAGAGGCUACUAUUGCAUCCGUGUGGCCUUGUUGUAUUUCCCAUUGUUCCUGAUACAGUAUUGCCUGCAGUGUUGCACAUGUUGGACGUGAAGGGCGAAGACGAUCUACAACAGGCAGCAUCCUCCUUACUAAUCCUUUUAGAAAACAUGAACUAUCCCUUGUCAACUACUGUCAAGUUUUGCGAUGCUUGUACGGCUAUCCUUAAGGAUGAGGAUUCAGAGCAUCGUCGUUUGCAACUGCUUACCACUCUUCCUUCAUUCGUGCUUCAUCAUUCCGUUUUCUUAAGCGAAGAAUUGAAACUGUCUGUCCUAGAGACUCUUGUCACCAUACUUGAUGACACGAGACCCGAAGUCCAAGAAAAUGCAGUUGCGGCCGUGGCUACGUUGCUUCAGUGCUUCUCGAAGCCACAGACUGAUAUUAUUCUCGAUCUGAGCAAACGAUUCUUCAAAGUUCUUGACACUACCCCAAUGCCGAAGUCUGCUGCUGAUAAUUCGACAACAGAAGAGGAACAUAACCAAUUGAUUGCUCGCAGACAUGCCGCAGUUUUAGGCCUUUCGGCAUUGGCAAAAUCCGUAUCUGUUGGAACGCCCUUGAGCUGCACAAAGCCCAUUCUCCUGCGAUUGAUUGAAUUUACGAAUGAUUCAGAUCUGCUUGGCACUACUGCUAAAAAGGCACUCGCCGAAUUCAAGGUUAUGCAGGUGGACAUUUGGCCGCUGGUGUCAGGCUAUUUGACUCAAGAGAGGCUCGAUGAGUUGACUAAAUUUGAACCAGUCAAUGAUGAGUAAGUCGUAUCUGUACAGCCAAAUAACUUGUAAAUAGUAAUAUUCAUUAUAUCUACAGCCAAUUCAAGAAGAAA